GUUAUUGGUGUUCUUAUCGGUUUUUGAAUCACGUGCAGCGAUUGCAGAUUGCUAGUACAUUAUUAACCUAACUGCAAAACAUUGUAUACGAAAAUGAUAAUAUAAAAUCAAAGUCAUGAUUGUACAUAAUGUAUUUUCAAUUUAAUGUUUUUGGGUACAAUAAUACUUCACAGCUGUUUUCGUAUAAUUGACAUGACAACGCCCGACUUGCACGGCUAAGAGUAUAUUGCCAGAUGUGAAGCAGACGUUAAGGAUAUUAAUUGUGUCGUCGAAGUUUGUUGCAUUAGUUUCUAACAACUGGGGAAGAAUAGAUGCAAUGGCAGCUCAGGUUCAUGAGUUCAAAGUGGCAAUGACCUGCAGUGGUUGUUCUUCAGCAGUAGAAAAAGUUCUUGGGAAACUAAAAGGCCAAGGUGUGGAAAAGGUUGACAUCUCACUUGAAGAUCAAACCGUGCUUGUUACUUCAACAUUACCAGCAGAUCAGCUACUGGAAACCAUCAAGAAGACUGGAAAAACAACUUCCUAUGUUGGAGCAAAACAAUAACCAAAUGGAUCGCUUUACAAAGCAACAUUCCUGAUUUUAAAAUUUAAUAUUUUAUUGGCAAUAUAUGUUUUCAAUCUUCAGUUUGUGACAUUAGAUUGGCAUUAAAUUUGUACUGUAUAAUAUUUAACAAUUUAACAAUGUAGGACUGGCAGCUUUUAAUCUGAAAUUUAUUAGUCAUGUAUUUUGAUUUAUAGAUUGAUAAGCAUAUAUAUUUAUGAGAAAUUUAUAAUUAACUAUUAUAAGAUUUUUCCUUAUAACUAUAAUUUAUAGUUGGAAAAUAUUUUGUUUAUACUGACUUAAACAAAGUAUGUGUAUAUAUAAGACACAUAUUAAUUAUGUCACAUUUCGGCAAUGAAAACGUAGAAAACUCUCGUUACUGUCUUACUUUUUCUUUAGGCAGCUUCUCUAAGCGGUUGGUAACUUGGGGUUUGGUGUGUUAAAGAUGAUCAUACUGCAGUACUAGAUCAUGCGUGACUUGUUUAUCUGCAGAUGAAUCAUAUGAAUAGGGUUGGAAAAUGUUGACUGUUUCUUUGUAAUGUUAUAGAACUAGCUUCCAAAUGUUUCUAAGUUUUACUGCAGUGUGAGGCAAGUUAAUAUAGUUUUUUAAUUAGCAGAACAAUAUUGUGAACAAAUCAAAAUAUAUGUUGUUACGUAAGUCUUCUUUUGCCUGUACAAUUCAGAUAGCUAAUUACGUAUGUCUUUGUUUUGGAAAAAUUCAGAGGUUGUACAAAAGCAUGAGAAUUAAUUUCUAUGGGUAUAAAUGUGUAUAUUGAUCAUGGAAUAUUCCUCCAUUGUAAGUCAUAAUUUUUCACUAGUUUCUGUUGUAUUUGUUCAGCACUGAAUGUAAAGGACACCACAUACUUUUGGAGAAAUAGCAUUUUCAUGUAAACUGUACAGAAAUGUAUUACACUUGUCUCAUUUAUUGGAAA